AUGCAAGUGAAUACCAAACUAGAAGCAGAAUACAGUCUCCAUGGAUCGUCAUCAGGAAGAAGAUUGACGACGACAAGCUUGAAUGAGAAACUCAACACGGAAAAAGUCAAGGAAACUAGUACAGAUGAGACGUUGAGAGGACAAGCCGAGAAGCGUAUCAUUGACUUUGUAGGAGAUCAAGUUACUCCAAGACAACUGUUGGGAUCACUCCGUGUAUUGAAAGCUGUAACGACAUGCUUCCUAGUCUUGACGCUGUUGGCAAAUUUAAUGUAUAUUAUCUUUGUGGAAGUUGUGGCAUCCAAACAUGUCAAGAAACUGGCAGGGGGGCGCAGAGACUUUCUGAUACGGCUGUUUGGACUGGCAUUAAAUGUCAUGUCGAUUCUGAUUGAGCUUGAUUACUCCCAAUACACAUCUCCAUUCUUUGGUUAUAAGGGAUACUUGCAAAGGGGUCUGCUUCUCUUUUUUGUUGCAAUCAUUACAUCACCGGAUCCAACGCAUCAUGGACUGGUAAAAGGUUAUGCGGAUGACGACUAUUACGUUGCGGACGCUGAGAACAGCAUUUCGGGUAGUGCUGUUGGAUUUCAAGCGAUAGCUUCAUUUGUGCUAGGGGCAUGUGGGUUGGUCUAUUUCGCAUUUGGAGUACUCUUGAUAGAUCGUUUUACUUCCGAUUCUUUCGUCACAACCGAUGACCCAGUAGUAACCACCGCUAUUCCGACCCCUGAUGAGAUUGAAGCAUUGGAUAGACCUGGGAACAGUCGUCCUGUUUCCAUGCAAGGGCCAUAG